AAGAAAAUAAACGCCUUGAACGUGAAAUCACAGAGGUCAAAGAGAAAAUGAUUUCUUUACAGACAAGAAGCGAGAAUUUACAAGAGCAAUUAAAUGAUACCAGCGAAAAAUAUUCAUCUAUGCUGACGAAAACUGCCGAAGAUCAUGCGAAACUUAUUGAAACUAAUGGUACACUGCAAAAGUCGGUUAAUGAUCUGCUAGAAGAAAAGAGAAACCUUUCCGAGACAAUAGAAACUAAUAUUAAGGAAAUUCAGCAACACAAAGAACAACUUGCACUAUUUAAUUCGAGCGAUCAGGGAGCAAGAAUCUCUCAACUAAAGACUGAACUUGAAAAUAUACAAAAAGAGAAUUCUCGGCUUCUCGAAGAUAGUAAAACAUACAAAGAGUUAUGUGAAAAAUACAAAGCUGAUCUCGAUAAUAAUAACCGUCUAUACUUCGAACUUAAAUCCGCUACUGAUACUGAGCGGGAAGAAAAUUUGGUCUUAGUCAAAAAGCUUCAAGAUGAGCUUCAGCAAUCAAAGGAGGAAAAUGUCGUAUUGAACAAUAAGAAUCAGGAUCUAACAGUUGCGCACGAGGAGUUAGUUAAUAUGAAACAAUCAUUGGAUGAAACCGUGGUCAAUUAUAGUAAUCAAGAACAACGUUUGAGGGAAGAGAUGAAAAGACAGGAGCAAAUGCUUGAGGAAGCACAGAGUAAUUAUAAUCAUGAAUUGGUUGUUCAUGCGGCAAGUGUACAACAAUUCCAUGAGCUUAAUGAAAAAUACGUCCAACUGAAUGCUGAACUCGAGCGAUUUAAGAAUACGAUGACGCAAUCAGAAUCAGUUUGGAAAAAUGAAAAGGAACAACUGGAAAAAGAUUUGUUAGAAACUCAGAACCGUUGUAAUGAGCUUGAAAGCAACAACAAAGUUUAUCAAGGAUACUUCGAUGUCAAUUCUUCAGAAAAGACAUCUCGAGAUGAAAUAAUCUUCCUUCUGCGACGUGAAAAGGAAAAAUUAGCGACUCAAAAAGAAAUUUUUGCGCAGCAAGCAGAAAG